UAAGGUUAGUUUUAAUUCGAACGUCGUGUCGGCUGAACGUGCGGACGGUGGUUGUAGACUUGCAUUUAACCGUGAUAGAUCGAUACUCGUGAACUUGAGUGCAUUUGUGUUGGAAUUGUAACCAAUAAAUUGUAACGCUAUUGAAUUAAUGAGCAUGAUUUUAGAAGAACGGUUAAGUUUUUUUCUAUUGGAUUAAAUAACUGGCAUCUGAUCGCUAUCGGUUCAGAGUAAUAUGGGUGCCCCAGCAUGGGGGUCGCGUGGUGGCGAUCGUCCCCGCCUGCUUCGGAUGACGCCACUGCGACAUAGCUUUGCCGCGCCAGCCACGCCGCCGGCGCAGCAACAACGGACACAUGACUACGCAUCUGAUGCUGAUAGUAACAAAAAAGAAGAAAGCUGGAAUGCCAACUUGUCGCAGAGAUGGAGAAAGUUACGACGUAGGUGUUCCCGACUACGGCCUGGAUCUGGCAAUCGUGAAGCAAGUCCCGUACGAUGUUCUCCAUCACCACCGCGACCUCAACCACAAUGUUCACCUCCACCCCCAUCAAAACUCUCAUUUAGACAUCGUGGUAAAGUUUACACAACCGCUUCUUUACGUGUCACCAGCGGAGCACCGGACUUGCUCAGAGCGCUCGGGAAAUUAGGAGGAGGAUUAAGAAGACGUGCUCUUUCCGCCCAUGACGUGCUUACACCACCUCAACCGCAACAACCAGCAACUUUUUAUGUUCCUAGUCCAAGUACAACUCGGUCUCCCUCGUCACCAAUGUCUCACAGAGAGGCUACAGUUCGCAGACGAUGUAGCUCCCCUAAUGUGUAUAGACCUAAAGAUGUACCUAGAGAUCGAGCACCACUUAUAUCUCAAGAAGAUGAAAGUCGAGACGUUGUUGAUUAUAACUACACGCCUGAAAGAAGGAAACCGCACAAAGAGAUAAGAAGUCGACCAUAUAGCGAAAACGUAGAAAUAGAUCCUAAAUUCAAAAAUGGCUAUAAUCGUCUCACCCCAGAACCUACUGAGAGACUAUGGGAAGAGCCUUAUCGACUACCCCGUGUACAGGUUCGUCAAGAACCUAUUCAACAAUUAAGAAAUUGUGUAGCUGAGUUAAGAGUUAGCACUACUCCACGAGCUCCACGCCCUCCUCCGGCUCCUACAUCCCCGCAGAAAAUAAUUAAACGACCGCCAGCUCCUGAACCCCGAGAUUCAAAUACCUUUGAGGUGCGUUUCACCAAAUCAGCUGGAGGUAAAGGACUCGGGUUCAGCAUCGUAGGCGGACGUGAUUCACCUCGUGGGGACAUGGGCAUAUUUGUAAAAACUAUAUUUAAUAACGGCCAAGCCGCUGAGUCUGGACUACUUCGAGAAGGGGACGAGGUUCUUUCAGUUAACGGUCGUGUUACGGCUGGUUUAACUCACAGCGAAGCUAUAAGGCUGUUUAAGGACGUGCGUGCGGGACCGGUGUUGCUAAAAGUAACAAGACGUGCUCCAACUCGCUGACUGCCGUGCGCCUGCUGCGGAGAUCCGCUUCAGGCGCCAAACCUCACCAAUUACUCAACAUUGUAAUUGUUUUUAAUGUAUUAAAACUGACAUCGAUACUAAGUAGCGUAGUGUUUGUAUUCAUUACUAUCAAUGAAAAAUGCAAUAGCGGUGUCAUGCUGUGCUUUGUACAGAUAUUUUUCGUUUUAUACUAUUAUUUUGUAAAUAAUAGUGAACUUAUUAACCGUUUCUACGCUAUGAGGUUUUCGAUUAUAUGUAUAUGUGUAUACUCGUAUUUUUAUAAUGUAUUUUGUCUUGUAUUCUUUGACCAUUCAGCUAAAUUUGUUUCCAAAUUGCUUCAUACUAAUUUGGUUAAGAUCGUCUAUUACUAUCGUUGUACUAACUUAUAAAAUAUAUAGUUUAAGAUUAAAUUCUUUCAUAAUUUCCUAAUUUCUUAUAUUUAAUUACGUACAAUAUUUUUUUAAGUAGUUUUGAUAUGGGUACUUAAAAAUCAAGAAAGGUUUUAAAUAUGUACAUUAUCUGAAAAUCAUCUGGAACAACACAAAAAAAUAUAACUGUGAUACUAUAAUUCGGAUUGGGACAUUAGAAAGUGUAAGUUAGUUAUCUAUUUAUUUUUUAUAUAAAAAAAAUUAGGUAAUAGAAACACGCAUAAAAUAUAUUGUACCUCUUUAAUUGGAUUUUGUAUGUGGGUAUGACGCCAAAUAGAUAUAUAGUUAUAUGUAUAUAUAAGUGUUAAUUGUAAUUAUUACUAAAAUGCAUUUAAAUUAUUUAAGGUUGAUAUGAGAAAUUAUUAAAAAUUUAAUUCUAUUGUGAGUGAUACGAUUGAAUAGAAUAUAAAUGUAUCGAUCUAACGUAAGUUUAUGAUAUUAACAUUUCAUUGCUUGAAUUAAAUAAAAUUCUUAAAAAAAUAAAAUCAACUACAACGAAACAUCCCCUUAAGAAAGACUCCGGCCACUUAAAUUAUAUCUUAAAUAGCUUAUUAUGAACAUUUGUAAUUACUCAAAAUUACCGCUAUCUGUUUUGUAAUAGUUUAAAAUUACAAUUGUUCAAUGCUAAAAUAGCUACAAAUUUAAUUAUUCUCAUAAAAAUGUACUAGCAACAGAAAUUUUUUUUGCAUUUUGUAAUAAAAGGUUAUAUGAAGUAUA